UUUUAAUCAAGCACGUGUAGAUUGUACACUUAUUCAAUUUACUCAAGUUGCACAGAAAACGCAUAUGAAAAUGGUUAAGGUACAGAAGCCGCUGCCAAAAUCUCUAAGUAAAAAUAAAAGUAACGAAGGCGUUGUCAAAGAAAAGUUAAAACCUACCAAAAUCAAAAAAACACAAAACACAGAGGUCAGUAACUUGGUAGCUGAGUUACCAGCGAAGACAGACAUGGGUACCUCAAAACCAAAAGGCAAGGCUAUUAAAAAAGAAAUAAAGCCUGAUAAUAAGUCUAAUGAGAUUCCUAAACAAAAAGCGUCUAAAAAGCCAAUGAUUUUAGCGCCUCCACUAUCACCGGCACUACCAAACUCAAAAACAGCAAUGAAGAAUAGCACAGUGCAAACUAGGGCUAAGAAAAGUGCCACUGUGCUCGCUAAGGCCAAGAAAGUUGAUGCAGUGCCCACUAAGGGAAAUAACGAAAUCACACUGCCUGCUAAGGGUGGAAAGAAGGUUCUAUUGCCGAAAAAGGAGCCCUUACAAAAGAAGAUUACAGCAUUGACUAAAAAACAAGGUAAAAAUAUAGUAUCUGUACAAGCUGAAUCUGUGCCCAAAAAAAAAACCAAAGCAAAGGAAUCGCAAGGCAAUAAACAAAAAACUUCCGGAACAAAUGACUUUUUGGAAAAAGGAGUCACAGCUAAGCCGACAAAGCUGGAAAGAAAUACAAUACUAGACCGCAAGAAUGCCGUAGGUGCUAAAAAGGUAACCAAGACGAUCAAUUCCAACAUAUAUAGCAAAGGGAAAGUAAGUACUGGAAACCAAAAUGUUUCCAAGACUAAGAAUCGGAAUUCUGUGAAGUUGGACUAUGAACUGAAAUCCUUUGAUGAGGAAAAAUUUAAUGAAAUAAUGAGUGAAGUUAAUGUGCGCAAAAUAUGCGAGGCGCUCAAGAAUCAAGUGUCUGAAGAAGUAAAGAAACUGAAAACCGCAUCCAUCUUCAGUGACUAUCGCUAUGUUCUUCAAGUUUGCUCUUAUAAGAUACCCAGUUGUCCAAAACGCAUUGCAAAAUUGGCUCUGAAGCACUCACUUGUGGCACCCGACGACGACGUGGCAUUAAUUGUAACAGACUUACAGCGAGGAGCCCGUUUUGAUUACGAGCCUACAAUCCAACACUACGAAGACUUUCUGCGUGAGGCUGGAGUUGAGCAGCGACUGACUGUGGUGCCAUUCAACAGGUUGCGCAAUGAAGUGGGUACUUUUGAAGCAAAGCGCAAGUUUCUAAACUCCUAUGACUACUUGCUAUGCGAUGGACGCAUAUCGGGUCAGGCCACUGCUUUUCUAGGCCAGUUUACCCAGAAACCAAAAAAUGUGUUGCACGCAGUGCGCUUAAGCAAACAGGACGAAUUGUCUAAAGAAAUUUCUCGUGCUCUAAAUCGCACCGCUUAUAGACAGCUGCGAAAGGGGGAUCUGACAGCAAUACCGGUUGGCAAUCAUGAUCACAGCGGACAACAACUGUCUGAAAAUAUCCAGUACGUUGUUCAUCAGUUGCAGAAGCAGUUUCCGGGAGGAUUGGCCAACAUACGGUCGAUGUAUGUCAAAAUUGACAUUGUGGGCACCUCAGCGCUGCCUUUGUACAUUAGUAUGUGCUCCCCCCCUGCAGACACACCAUAUGUGGUGGGUCCACGCGAAAAGCGCAUGCUUAAGUUGAAAAAACAAGCCAACGAAGCUCUUUCAAGAUUCGCACUUACCAAGGAUGCAGAGUUCAUUAAACUUACACGAGAACAGGUAAAUCGUAAAGCAGAGCUACGCGAGAAACGCAUAGCUCUAAAGAAUGUUGAUUCACUAGACGAUAUUGUUGAUGCUGAGAAGCCUAUACCGGCUAAGAAGCCACGAGCAAGUGCAAAGAAGGCCUAACAGAGCGUUUUAUUUGGCACCGACCCAUUUAUCUUGUAUCAUGUAUAUUUUUAAACCCUAACAAUUUAAGAUAUAAUAAAUGUAAUGAAUUUCAAUAUUUGGGUCGCUAAAUUGAUGUCGAUUUAAUU